AUGACUGCAGAAAUGCGUAUAUCAUUACAUGACUUACGUAAGAUUACAACUCAAUUCUCAGUGGACUCAAGGAUAGGAAAGGGUGGGUAUGGAGACGUUUACAAGGGAGUGUACAAAGGAAGAGAUGUUGCUGUGAAGUUGCUUCAUGUUGAUACGGUGCAAGGAAUAGAUGACCUACAAUAUCUCAGUGAAGUUGAUAUCCUUUCGAGGAUUAAGCACCCAAAUAUCAUACAGUUCCUUGGUUAUAGUUAUGAAACAACUUCUGAAUUCGUUGAGCACAAGGGUAAGAAAGAUUUUAGUAAACACAUAUAUAGAGUCCUCUGCUUUGAGUACUUGCAGGGUGGAAGCCUAGACAAGCGUCUUCCUGAAAAAUCUUUUGCACCUGAUUGGAGCAAACGAUAUGUGAUUAUAAAGGGCAUUUGUGAAGGAUUAGAUUUCCUUCACGGGUGUAAACCACCAAUUUUUCAUCUUGAUCUGAAGCCUGCCAAUAUAUUACUAGACAGUGAAAUGGUGCCUAAAGUGGCAGAUUUUGGAUUGUCAAGGUUCUUCAGCGGAGCACGCACUCAUGUCACAAAACAAAUCAGAGGAACCCAGACGUACAUGCCACCAGAAUUCAUAAAUGAUGGUGAAAUCUCAAAUAAGAAUGACGUCUUUAGUUUCGGUGUUGUGAUGAUAGAGAUAAUGACAGGACCAACAGGUUACUCCAAUAUCAGAGGAAUUACAUCAGGUGAAGACAUGCAUCGGAUUAGCAAUGCAUUGUGUGGAUUCUGA